UCGCUUUUGAGCCCCUCUCUGAGCUGUCCGUUGUCACUGUGCUUGUGCCUCUAUAGCCUUUGCGCGAGAGUCGGAUUGCCGAUCUUCAACGACCAAAAUGGCGGACAAGGCAGUAACCAUAAGAACUAGGAAGUUCAUGACCAACAGGCUCCUCUCUCGAAAGCAAUUCGUCAUCGAUGUCCUUCAUCCAGGAAGGCCCAAUGUUUCCAAGACUGAGCUAAAGGAGAAGCUGGCAAGGAUGUACGAAGUAAAAGACCCAAACUCAAUCUUUGUUUUCAAGUUUCGAACUCACUUUGGAGGUGGAAAAUCAACUGGUUUUGGGUUGAUUUAUGAUUCUGUUGAGAAUGCAAAAAAAUAUGAACCCAAGUACAGGCUCAUCAGGAAUGGACUUGAUACCAAGGUAGAGAAGUCAAGGAAGCAGCUGAAGGAGAGGAAGAACAGGGCUAAGAAAAUCCGUGGGGUGAAGAAGACCAAGGCUUCAGAUGCCGCCAAGGGCGGGAAGAAGAAAUGAGUUUGUAUUGGUUUUGUGCUGAUUUGCACAAUGGAUUUUUCUUUAAUAGCUAUAUUUUCUCAUUAGAUCUUUUGAAAAAUGAAAUUUUUUGGUUCUAGAGUUAAAAUGUUGGUGGAUCCUGAAAUUCUGUUCAGUGUACGACUUUUUAGUAUUUUGCGGAGCACGAUUUUGAAAUUUUGCGUGGAAGCACAUUCUAGCA